AUGACUUCACCCGUCGACCGUCCGUCCCACUCGGCAUCAUCAUCGAGCCCCAAGCCGUCCAGAAAACCACGAAGCACAAGGGGCAUUCUCGACGCCCAUAUCAAGAAGCUCAGCGCAGGGCCCUUGGUAAACCAGGUCCGCGCUGAGCUGCUGAGAAGGACAGUCCGCCGCUUUGACUCGUCACUUCCAAAGUCGGACACAUUCACCUUUCAGGUCGCCGAAGCGGACAAGAUGGCCCUGCUUUUCAAGAUGGGCGGCAGCAUGCACCACAUUCGCAGGUUCAUUCUCGAGUACGACGUGUCGAGAACGGAUAGAAGACUCGACACGGCCGAGCAAAUCGAGCCCUACAUCAUCGCCAUCAAGCACCUCCCCUCCCUCGAUGAGAUCUCCUUCGACGGGGUUUCACUAGGUCCCUGGGCUGCCUUCACACUGGCGCAGGCGCUGCGGACCAAGACGAGGCUGCGCAGGGCCGACUUCUCCAACUGCUUCGCACAGCGGGGACCGCACGAGAUCUCCCCGGCACUGGGCGUCCUCGCCUUGGCCAUGGUCGAGCUGCCCAACCUGGGCUCCAUCAACCUCUCGUCCAACGCCCUGGGCCCAUGCGUCGAGGGGCCCCUCCUGUACCUGGCGGGGAACCACACACCACUGCAGGAGCUCAACCUCAACGACACGGGCCUGGGGCCCGAGACGGGCGCCGCGGUCGCCAGGGCCCUGGCGAGCCUGGCCGCCAAGAAGAAAGCCCGCGCCGGCGCACCGCCCCUGCGGGCGCUGCUCCUCGCCCAGAACAAGCUCUGCCAGGACGACGACGACCCGAUGUUCGGCAUGCGCGAGUGGGCGGCCGCGCUCGCGGCACACCCGCACCUGACGACAGUCGCCCUCAAGAACAACGGCAUCCGGCACGGCGGGAUGACGCACCUCGUGGCGGAGGGCCUGGCGCGCCUGCACGGGCUCGAGGUGCUCGACCUGGCCGACAACAUCAUCGCGGCGCGCGGGGCGACCCACGCGGCGCUCGCGGGCGCCGUGGGCGCGUGGCCGGCCCUGCGCUCGCUGCUGGGCUCCCGCGGCGCCGCGCUGCUCAUCGCCGCGCUGGCGGCCGCGCCGCACCCCAGCAGGUUGGAGGUCCUCCGGCUGAGGCUGUGCAACCUCAGCCCCGCAAACACGCUCGCGCUGGCGGGGGUGCUGUGGCGCCUCCCCGGGCUGAGGGAGCUGGCGCUCGAGGGGAACAACUUUUCGCGGGCGGACGAGGGGUACCAGGCGCUCGUGCGGCUGAUGCGCGAGAGGGGGGAGGCGAGGGGCGUCGUCACCUCCGUGGACCGGGUCCCCCGGCGGGCGUUCUCGGACCCGUCGCUCUCGCCUGGGUCGGAGGGGCGGGCGGGGCUGGGGGCGGGGGAGGGGGAGGGGGAGGGGAGGGCGGCGUCGCUUUCGUCGCUGUCUUCGGGGUCGGAGGAGGAGGAGGGCGGAUCACCGUGAUUGAUUGAGUUAACCUGGAUUGGAUUGGGUUGUAUCGGCCUUGGGGGUUUGGGUCUCGGAGCGUGCGUGCAUUGGUGCUGGUGCUGCUUGGCCGGGCAUGAUAUGUCUGUAUGUGCCUUGUCGUGUCUUUUGGACGUGAUGUAAAUCUGGGAUACUGGGAACAAGUGUUGAAGGGGGCUGCCACCUGACCACAUGGACUUCUGGCUUCUCUCUCAGUUGAUGUAUUUCAUCAGGAUUAGGAACUGAUGGACAGGAACGCUCUAUCCAAACUCAAGGCAUCUUUCAAAA